AUGGCGAAGGUCGCCGAAGGUAGCCUCAGCUCGGCUGCAUUCGUUCCCUCCGCCGCCGGAGCCGUCGACCACGCCAACGGCGGGAGCACGCCCGACAAGGCGGCUCGCAAGAAGCGCAAGACGCACACGCAGCACUCCUUCAACUGCUGGGGCCACGAGAUGUCGCGCGGUUCAAUUGCUCGACUGUGUGGAGAAGUGCUCCUCUCUGCCGGCGGCGGAGCCUUUCGAGAGCACUUUUGCAGCCGGUGCAGGUCGGGGGGAGUAUUAAUCGCGGCGUCGCGCAUUUUCAUCGCUCCUCGCGGCCUGAAGAACCGGCGCACAGAAGGCGUGUGGAACGAAUGCACCCCAUCCGCGACGACGCCGCUGCCGCCGCACCGCGUCGUCAACCAGACCUCAGACUGCACCGGGCCCACGCUGGUCGUUUUGCGGGACGAGGCGCCGGGCGCUCCGCUGCCCGGCCUCAUCCCACUCGCUGCCAGCAGCGCGGUCUCUGGAACCGUUUUGGUCGAGUUCCGCGUCGGACGGACUCUCACGCCCGUUUUUCCGCUGCCGGAUUGGGAGGGGCCCGGGACGAGCGGCUCAUCUUUGUUGGAGACGGCAGGGCGUGCGGCUGAGCCGCCGCGGCUAGGGGCUCAGCCGCUCCUCGCACCUUUCACCUCCCUUUUGCAGGUUCAGAGCCAGAUUCAGCGGACGCCGUCCGCCGCCGCCGCCGAUGCAUGCGCGGCUUCCGCGCUGAUUGGGCUCGCGUCGCCGCCUGAGCGGCGCAAGGGCGGCGCAGCCUCCUCGUUGGCCAGCCAUGGCGGAGCGGCGCCGGGGUACAUCCCGCCGGCAGACGUCCAGACCGCCAGACUGGGGGCCAGCGGCAAUGGCGGGCUGGGCAGCACACCGCCACCGUCGCCUCCAGAGGCGCUGGCAUUCUUGGCCGUGGUCUUUUGGGUCCGCUCCCACUCCGCCUCGUACUACGACCAAGAGCCACGCCCCUCGGUCCCGCUCUGGAUUGCGCGGCCCGGCGCCUUCACGCUGCCCUUCUUCGCGGCCGCCUACCUGACCCAGCUCGCUUCGGGCAACGGACGGCUGGCGGGGCACGUCUGGUGCGCCGCUUGCAUCCUCGUCCCCGCCACGGCUGUCGCGACCAUGUUUUUGCGGCCGGCCGCGGCCAUCGAGUCGGAGCUCCUCCACCACACGAGCAGCUCGCCGCUCAAGUUCGGCGUGACCUUCUCGCUCGGGCUGGUCCACAGUGCACAGCCGCGCAGCACCUCGUUCAAGCUCCUCCUCGCGGCGGCGUUGGUCGCGCUGGGCUCGUCGAUCCUCGCCGUCGCCUACCUCCGCACGGGCGACGGGCGGUGGGUGCGGACCGUCAUCCACCCGCUCGGCUUGCCGUUUGCCCUGCCGGCCCUACUCCCGCACGCGAUCGAGGCGGAGCUUUGGCGCGGCGUGACGAGAGCUCUCCAGCGCCUGAGAGGCGACGGCCGCCGCCGGCACCGCGGCGGCACACAUGUCGAGCGUUAG